UUGGCAGGAACCUCCCACUCUCUUUCCCCAAACCUUCACUACUUGUAAAAUGGCUCUUCAGGGAAGAUGCAGUGCAAACCAUGCUAUAGCUCUUACUACCAUUCUUGUUUUUGUGCUGCUUCAUGUCAAGGCCUCUCAGGCAACUACCUUCAUGGUUGGCGAUUCUUCAGGCUGGACUUUCAAUAUAAACAAUUGGGCAAGUGGGAAAAAAUUCAAGGCCGGAGAUAAACUAGUUUUCAAGUAUAAUCCGUCAUUCCACAAUGUGGUUGCUAUUGAUGAGGAUGGCUACAAUGGCUGCAGCACUGCCUCUCCAAGCUCCAAGGUUUACUCCACUGGAAAUGAUGCAGUUAAGCUGUUGAAGGGUCAUAACUACUUCAUUUGUGGUGUGCCUGGCCACUGUGAUAUGGGCUUGAAGAUUAGAGUUAAUGCUUCCUAAUACCAUCUUCCCAAGUGUUGUUUCCUUUGAGCUGUUGUGAUUAAUAAUGGAGGAGUUCUUGAAAUAAGGAAAUUAUUCCACUAGCCGCUUGUCUUGUUAUUUGAUUUGUUAAUUUCGAGCAUGUCAAUGGUGUUUGUAUUGCAGUACUUCUUGUUUGGUGCAAUAAUCUAUUUUUUGCCCUAGGCCUUCUAAAUUA